AGAGAAAUCAAUCCGAAAAGUUACCGACAGGUGGCGCCAAACGGCCGUUUCCUGGAAUUCGUGAAAAUCUCUUAAACUCCGGCGUUUUGUAGUUCGUUACAAUCUAAUUAGAAUCGUUUAUUAAUUAUAAGCGGAAGUAAAAAUUGUAAUUUCAAAAUGUAGUGCUUAGAGAACUUGGAAAACAUUUCGUUUUGAAGUAAAUUUUGUUUAUGUGAAAAGGUGUAAAAAUAUGAAUGUGUUCCUACUGUAAAUGCAUUGUUUCCCGAUGCCGAGAUGGCGAAGCAACUCGUCAAGGACUUACUUCUCCUUCUGGAACUUCCGGAAAGGCGUGAUGAGGAAGGGAAUGAGAGAGAGAGAAAAAAAUCAAGCAGCUGUAUCAUCACGAAUUUUAAAUCUUCUUCUUCUUCAUCGGCAGAGAGACGGUAUCUUCAAAAAACCAAAAAAAAAAGAAGAAGUCCGCAAGGAGAAUCAAACGGAGGUUUCGUAUCAAAACACUAUAUGGAAAAGAAGACGAGUUGUACGAGUUGCCAGAUGUUGGAAUUGUGUUGGAUUACAGAUGGUCCCACGCAGUCGUAAAUCCUAUUAUAAUUUUUCCAAAAAAAAAAAACCAUUUUCGAUGAUGUGUGAAAAUUGCGAAUUCAAUUAAUUUGGAAGGAGAUUUUUCUUUGCUGAUUAUUUGGGAAUCAUCAUCAUUGAGUAAAAAUACUCUAGGAGAGAGAGAGAGAGGAGAAAUUGUGUGCGGAUAAAAAAGAGGAAGGAGAAGGGAGCGCCUUUGCUUCAGCCGCGGAUCGGAACUGAGGUGAACCCUGCCUAAACAGUGAAUGAAAUGUUCAUUGAGAUAAACAAACAGCUGGCAUGACUUCAUUGGACAAACACUAUUUUCCAACGUUCUAUUUUCGAAUUACGUAUACAAUAUUAUUGUUCGAGUUGUGGAAACGUAAUCCGUAUCAGUUACUCCCCCAUUUAUAAUUGUAUACUUUUUCCAAGAUUCCCUGCAAGUUUUUCGCAUCGGCUUUAUGAAUGGCUUCUUAUCAACGUGUGAAAUAUUCUGUCACUGGGUGUUGAGAGAGAGAGUUUUCUCUCUCUCUCUCUCUCUCUCUCUCUCUUUGGAUCUAAAGAGGCAAAACUUGUGGUGCUUCCUCCUUACACAGCCGAGUCUUCUGAACUUGCUAGUGAACUGUUGCCGGCGACUCGCGACUGUUGUUUGACUCUAGAAAUAGGGCUCCAAGUGACCUCCCUACGUCCCUGAGGAGAGCGAGUCGAGCGAGCGAGAGAGAUGAACAGAAAUUUCUCGAGAGUGGGGAGAAAGCCCCGUCGUCGGAGAGGAGGAAUUACGGGGAACGUGGUUCACGCGAGGACGAUCGCCGUAGUCAAACAACGACUGUAGUUGUAGUAACGUCAUGGUCUCGAGACAUUCACGAGUCCUCGUUUUAUAAAAAAUCCCGGAAAAAAUAAAGAACCAAGAAAAAAAAAAGUGUGAUCGGUUUAGUUUAAUUCGGUUUAGAUUUUGAAUUUGGAAAAAAAGAAUUAUUAAAUGAAUCGGAAAAUUAGUUUUCGCGAAAAAAUAAUAAAAAUAAAAACCCACGUGCUGAUUAUAAUUCCAAUAUUGCCUCUACGUGUCAAGGAUACUUAUUUUCAUCCUGCUGCCUCUCUUUGAAUUUUUUUUUCUCUCUUUCUCUCUUUUUUUUCUCUCUCGCGUUAAAGUGAGUGUUUUCCAACUGAAGGUGUGAGUGGUGUUGAUGAUCCCCCAAGUUCAGAAGUGAAGUGAUGACGACUGCCAAACAACGACGUUAGAAAAUAGUGGAAUUUCAAAAGCAAGAGGAGAGAGAAAAAGAGAGUUAGGAGAUAGUGUUUGUGUCAGUGAAAGAGAGAGAGAGAAAACUUUUGGAGGCCUAAAGAGAAAGGAGUGUAUAGUUAAAUAAGCUAGAAAGAUCAAAGGAGGAAGACAAGAAAGAGGAAAGGUUAUUAAGAGCGAUAAAAAGAAGCAAAGGCAAAACGAAAAAGGGACCGGAAGAUAUAACAAGAUAAAAGGGAGUUGAAGAUUAAAGAGGAGAAAAAAGGCCCCUCGAGGAAAAAAGAAUUGAAAAAGGAUAACGAAAAUAGUUGAAGAAAAAGGUGCAACAAAAAAAGAAGCAAGAAAAAAGUAAAAGAAAGCAAAAACAAGUAAAAAGAAGCAAAA